CGACACUUUACGGUAGUGUUGUGCUGUGGUUUACUUUGGUGUUGAAGAUUGACGCGCAUGGAGGCGAUAUUAAACUACAGAUCGGAGGAUUUGGAGGAUUAUUAUGGGCGGCUGGGAUGUGAUGAGUUGUCCACGACUGAACAGAUUAUUAAUGAGUUCAAAGUACGAGCCUUGGCUUGUCACCCAGACAAACAUCCAGAGAACCCCAAAGCAGUUGAGGAUUUCCAGAAGUUACAGGAAGCUAAAGAAGUUCUCACAGAUGAGAAGAAAAGAAAGAGUUAUGAUCACUGGCUCAGAAGUGGAAUCACAAUACCAUUCAGUGAGUGGCAAGCGCUCAGUGACUCAGUUAAAUCGUCAAUGCACUGGGCUGUUCGGGCAAAAAAUGAGCCAAUGCUGGAAGCCGCUAAAGAUCCGGAUACAUUGAAGUCAGGAGAUCAGGAGACUCCAUCAGACAGUGAAGUAAAUAAAGAAGAGAAAACAUCUGAUCAACUACCAUCAAGUGAGUAUUGGCAUCGCAGGUUCCGCUGGGCCGCUGAAGCUCCUUCAGGCCUUUUACAGAAGUUCAGAAACUAUGAAAUAUAAAAACUCAUUGAUUCAUUUGCUCUUUACUUGGCUUUGUGUGUUUGUCUUUUGUGACAUGUAAAUCGAGACCAAUUGAUGUUUCAUCAUUUUUGACAUCUGUCAACUUUUACCUUUUUUUUUUAGUCGUGAUGCUUUAUACGGCUGUAUGGUUUAUAUAUUAUUUAGAUUGAUUAUUGAGAGGAUAUAACAUGUUUUGCUUGGCAUGUCAAGUUUACACAGGAAAGAAUUAUGACUACCAUAAAGAUAAUGUCGAUUCUAUUUAUUUAAAUAAUAUACAACCAGUAUACUAAUUUAAAUGACAACUAUAAAUAAUAAUUAUAAUAAUAAUUAUUAUAAAACAUUAUAAUUAUUGAUAGCUACAUAUGAGCCAGAAGUGUCUUUCAAUCAGUAUUCUGAGAUCUGUGUGUUUGUGUAUUGAUGAUACGUAUUCAUAUCGUGUGCUUUUGUAGUCAUUUAAAUGUUUCAAGCCUGCUGAAAGGCUUGUGUGCAUUGUCUGUAUGCUUGUGCAUUAGACAUAAUAAA